UACCUUUCUCUCUUGUAAGCCUCCUUCUCUACGUGCCACGUGCCGCGUCAGGCUGCGGCUGCCCACCGCUUCGCUCCAACCUUAUCUCAUCUCUAAAACGCAGCUCCUCCACUCAUUUCUUCUUUUCUUUCUUCCUCUUACAUCCCAUCACCAAGAGAUUAGCCAUGCCGAGCAGCCGAGCACCACCACAACAGCUAGGAAGAUGGAAGAGCUUUGACGCCGGCCGUCGGCACCAACAGCCGGAGCUCCUCCGUUGCAUCGCAGGAGGCGGCAUAGUUGCAAAGCAGCGCCCAUUGAGGGGAGCCAUGUACUCGAGCGACGGCGGGGGAGCUGCAAUGGAGCGCUCGACGCCGACGGCGGAGCUGCAAUGGAGAUGCUCGACGCAGGCGCGGAGCUGCAAUGGAGCGCUCGACACCGACGGCGGAGCUGCUCGACGCAGGCGGCGGAGCUGCAUUGGAGCGCUCGACGCAGGCGGCGGAGCUGCAAUGGGGCUGCAAGUCGUCGGCUACGGAGCUGCAAUGGAGCGCGUCGGGUCCCGGUGCUGCAUCGCUGCGCUUGUGGCUGGCUUGGUGCAGCGUCGCCGGCGCCUCUUUGGGGGGGGGGGGGGGGGGGGCAUUGCAGUGAAGCGCUGCUGCCACGCCUUGGGUCUACGGUGUUGCCAUGACCGGCGGCGGUAA